AUGACAGCAAUUAACAGUUUUGAAGUGGACGCGACCUUCUCCGAGACUAGCAGUCUCUACCAAAUAAUCACCAACAGCACAGCCAACUGCAGCCUUGAACUAUACAGCUGGGCAAUACCUUCAAACCUCAACACUAGCAAUCCUGAAUAUCAGAUCGGACUAUUCGAUGGCGCAGCAUUCCGUGGCACCUAUGGAAUCGAGGAUUACGGAUGGAUUUCCUGGAGUCCUUUUUUCUACGUCCGAGACAAGACCAGUGCGAUCUCGGCAUCCAAAACAGCUUCCGUCACCAGUCUAUUAACGGGCACUGGAGAAACUAGCCCUACCACCCACUCAACUUCUACGUCAACAUCAUCAUCGUCGUCGUCGUCAUCUUCAUCAUCAGACGGAGCAGCCGUAGCAACAACAGCAUCCUCUUCCGAUCAAACCCCUUCCUCGAAUUCGGCUGCAGUCGAUGCCGGCAUCGGCGUGGGCGUUGGAGCUGCUGCGCUUAUUGUGCUCGGACUUGUCUGGUUUUUCUGGCGUCGAAGAAACUCCAAACGUACCGGCACAGACAAUCAACAGUCACAGACCUCUGAACUUCCCGGCAGACCUGUGUUUGAGCUUCCAACCGCUAUACCAGUGACGGAAAAGAAGGGAGAGCUAGAGGGUUAUAAUAGUUAA